GUGAACUUAUAUACGCACUGAAUGGCGGUGCAUUUUCAGAAGAAGAGAUGGGAAAUUAUUUAAGUAGAGGCAAAGAUGUCAGCAAAGAUAAAGAAGAUAUAUCAUGCUCCAAAAGAAGCGAAGGUGAGGACUCUGGAUUUGGUGAUUUUGGCAGUUUGAGGCCGUCACUUACAGGUUUGAAGACGGGAGACAGCAUCACGAUCAAAAAACAUUUUCGUUAUCUAAAAAAUGAACUUGCCGAUUUAAGAAGCUUGGUGGACAAAUUUGUUGAAGACGGCGAUCUGGAUCCAGAUGACAGCGACGAGAUAUUUAAUAGCAAAACCAGAAGGCAAAGUGUGGAUGUAUUCUUACGAAAAAUACUGAGAUUCCAACCAGAGGCUUUCUCUCGUUUUCUUGCUUAUCUAAACGAAUCAAAACAGAAACACAUUGCCGACACUCUUCAGCUGAAAAACAAAUACCCAAAAGAUCUUCCGGAUUUUGGAAAAACAGAAACGCAAAUGACUGCCAGUAUUGUAAUGAAUUUGAAAGUGCUUUGUGACGAAUUGGAACCAGACAAAGUUGCAGAUUUCUUCGUUGUGUAUCUUGUGUUUACUAUUGACGACUAUGAGUCAAUAAUUAGCCAAAGAUACAGAAAGUUACAAGCUGAGGAGAUGGUUGGUCAUAUUUUAAAUCAUAUUCCUAAAAGCUAUCCAGUUCUAAUGCAGCUUUUUAGAGAAGCAAACAAUUUUCUUAUGGUAGAAACACUGGAUAAAGUUGUGGUCCAGGAAAACCAGGAAGAGGUGAAUGCUAAAGCUAUAGCAACGUUUUUGCAAUACAAGAACAACUUCCAGUAUAGAUAUGGCUGGCCUUCAGGGCAUUUCAACAUGAAGUUCACACUUGCAAUUAUUAGUCCUUCAACGACAACGGAUGAACACGACAGGGUGAGACAAAUAAACGAAGCAAUAGAACGCAUCAAUGAGGAGAACUUAAAAUCAAUAGGCUUCAAGAUAGUUGGUGUACAAGUCGGUUCAAUAGUUAUACAUUUAUUGAAUUGUGGCCCUUUAUUUCAAUCACGUAGUCGGACCGAAGAUGAUAUAUCCAGAUUGCUUGCAUUGAUAUUUCUUCAUCCCGCUGUGGCUACGUUUGGAUCAUACCAUGGUUUGAGAUUCCACGUCUCUGUGAAAUCAAGGUUUCAGGAACUACCAAAGAAUUUUGAUGAGAUAACAACAGGGGCAGUGGAACAAAAUAUGGACUACUUGAUCGAAGAAUUGAGCGCUGUUCCAUUUCUCAGUCACAAGAAUGCCAAGAAAAUAUUCAGAAAAACUGAAGUUGAUUCAGUUCUGAAUUGCGAACCGAUUAGCCGGGAAAAUAGAAUGCGAAAACUGCUCUGUUUGAUACUAAACAAAGGAAAACCGGCUUUACGAUUUUUCAAAAAGGUUUUGAAGGAAGAACGUAUGUCCAACAUUUUGGCGCGACUUUCUCCGGGAAAACUCCAACCGUUGUGUACCUGUUCCAUUGUUAAUUGCGAGGCACUACUGGAUGAAAUGUCACCAUCGCUUGUACUUGAUGAAUGUAAAGCCAUGGGCAUCUAUCACACUGUGUCAUCGCAGCUUAACAGAUCACAGAGUCGCAGGUCCAAGAGUCAGAUAAUUCUUCAAAAUGCAAUUCAACAAGAACCCAUUACAAGACAAAAAAUACUGCAUAUACUUGAAAAGAACUACCCAGAUUUAUAUAGCGCCCUUUUCAUGAUCAAUUUCACGUUCAAAGGCGCUUUACAUAGUUCAAAUGCAGCCACACAGGGCGCAUAAUUCAUCCUCUACUAGUACAGACACAGAGCGAUCUGACCAGAGGGACAGAGUGAGACAAAGCCCCCGUGACAGAGAGAUCAGAAAUCAGAUACAGGCUUGUCCGGCUAACUUAGCCUAGCUCGUUGCGAAUAGACAGCCUGGUUCUUUAACGUGCCCAGUGUAUAGCACUGAUACACGCAAGGAUUGCCUGGGUUCCUGACCAGUACACCUCUAGUUGGGUGGGAAACACUGAAAAGCGUUUCUGAAAAUUCCCGAGUAGCUGCGGGGGAUCGAACCCCCGACCUCAGGAUUGGAAGGCCGGUGUGCAAACCACUGAGCUAUCCGUCCACCAGAGUAAACAAAAGGAAUAACUCACCUUUACUAAUUCAAGACGUAAACAAGAUACAUUUUUACCAUUUAUAAUGAGGUUCCAUCUGUAUUACUAUUCUAUUUUACCAUAAUACUCACCUUUAUAUUUUUAGCUGAAACUAGAUGUCAUGUUUUCUAGUGCAACGCCAUAUUGUCAUAAAAUCACCAUCAUACCAUCAUCAUAUUAUUAUUAUGAUCGUGUAGACACAAACUACAUAUCACCCUAUUAUCAUAAUAGCAUAAACAUCAUCAUCAACAACAAAAUUAUUGUCAUAUCGUCGUAAUAUCACAAUUAUCAUUAUCAUCAUCAUCAUCACCAUCACCAUCACCAUCAUACUAACAUUACAUAACAUGCUGUAUACAUAUCAGUGCUUAUCGUCAGGAUCAUCUACAAAACAUGUCACCACUUGUAACAUACUGACGAAACAGAACAUUUUGAUAUCGGUAUUUUGAUUAUCGUCAUUGAUUAUCAUUGCCAGUACUUUUUGAUUAUCUCAAAUUACAGUAAAUUAAGCUUUUGUUACAUGAUAAUUGUCCAACUAUUAACAAACAUACAUGUACGCAGAGCUGAAGAUUUUGAAUGAAUGUUUAUGAAAAGCUAAAUAUUGUUCUUAAACAAGCUUUGUUAUGCAUGACAGCAACACAAUUAUAUAACACUUAUCUUCCUUUUGUGUCCCAGCAACCAUUCCUUCUCAAGAAAACCAUCCAACCAAUUUAACAGCCUAAAUUCAUAC